AUGGACUACAGCAUGGAGGACACCCAGAAUGCCGCCCCCGGCAGCGUCCAGGCGGCCAAGCUCGGCGGCACCAAGAAGGGACCCGACGCGCAAAGUGUCACCAAGAGAUUGCAGACGGAGCUGAUGCAGCUUAUGACCUCGCCGGCCCCUGGCGUCUCUGCCUUCCCUUCGGCGGACGGGAACCUCAUGUCCUGGACGGCCACUAUCGAAGGUCCCGACCAGACCCCCUACGCCGGCCUGACGCUGAAGCUCAGCCUGUCCUUCCCCACCAACUACCCCUACGCGCCGCCGACGGUGCUCUUCACGACACCCAUCUACCACCCCAACUUUGACUUUUCCGGCCGCAUCUGCCUAGACAUCCUCAAGGACAAAUGGACGCCCGCCUACAACAUCCAGACCGUCCUUCUCAGCUUGCAAAGUUUGCUGGGUGAGCCAAACAACUCCUCUCCUCUCAACGGCGAGGCCGCCGAGCUUUGGGACAAGGACUUUGAGGAGUUCAAGCGCAAGGUCCUCGCUCGUCACCGCGACGUCGAAGAAGAGUGA